GUAUAAUAAUCAGAAAUGAAAAAAGGAGGAGAGGUAGAAAGAAGAAAAAUCUACGAUCUAUAGUUGCCUUAUCCCCUUGGCCUAGCUUCUUUGCUUUUCUUAAUUUUCAAAUGUUUCUUUUUCUUUGAAGAAAGAAAGUCUUGUCCGCCACCCAAGAAACGUAGCGGCCUCCGGUUCCGGCUAAGCAAGCAAUCGGCUUCUCUCUUCCUCUCCGCAUCAAGUUCUUCUGAUCAUUUGCUCUUUCUGCUGUACUAAUUACAUGCCCAAAUCCUGGUGCAACUUGACUUCAAUACCUCCUUGAACCAAAGUUUUCUGUUGAUUUUCAUUCCUAAUUUUUCAAAGUUGUAACCUUUAUGUGUCCUUUUGGGUAAGUAGCAAACUACAAAGGAACCAGUCAUGGUUGUGUUCUUUGGCUAUCUACAACUUGCUAUCCUCAUAAUUUAGGGUUUUGGGUUCUUCCUAUACCAAACUAUUUCUUCAAUUCUUGCCUUUUUUAGGGUUUUAGGAUCCUUUUUCUUUCUUGUUACAAGAGUUUUAGUGGUUUUUUCGUUUUGUCAUCUGAGUUUGUUGAGAAAUGGAGGAAUAUCACAAUCAACUUAAUGAGAAUUGCUCCAAGGGGAAUUUCUUGUACGUGUCACCGGUUCUUGCAGCGAAUUCUUCUAGUUAUGGAAGAACAAGCAGUGGCUCAAACGUGGGCAAUCAGCAGACCCAGAUACCCAUCUCCACCUUUCCUCUCCAAUCCGGUGGCGAGUGUUUUCAAUCAGAAGCACACCCGAUUGUGAAGACCGAAGCCAGCACUUCACAACAUUUACAGACAUUUCAUUACGCCUUGAUGAGGGGGCAUCCAGGAAUUCAGCAGCAGCAGCAGCAAGGGAAUGACUGCUCCAGUACUGAUGUUGAAGCUAUCAAAGGCAAGAUCAUCGCCCAUCCUCAGUACUCUAAUCUCUUGGAAGCUUACAUGGAUUGCCAAAAGGUCGGCGCUCCUCCCGAAGUGGUGGCUCGGCUAUCAGCAGCUCGCGAGGAGUUUGAGGCGCGGCAAAGAUCUUCAGUGACUUCUAGAGAAACUACGAAGGACCCAGAACUCGAUCAAUUCAUGGAAGCUUAUUAUGAUAUGUUGGUGAAAUAUCGGGACGAACUAAAUAGGCCUAUUCAAGAAGCAAUGGAUUUCAUGCGUAGGAUCGAAGCGCAGCUUAAUAUGCUUGGCAAUGGCGCCGUGCGGGUCUUCUCCUCUGACGAGAAGGGUGAAGGUGUUGGAUCAUCUGAAGAGGAUCAAGACAACAGUGGUGGAGAAACAGAACUUCCUGAGAUUGAUCCACGUGCCGAAGACCGCGAACUUAAGAACCAUCUGUUGAGGAAGUAUAGUGGUUACUUGAGCAGCCUCAAGCAAGAGCUUUCCAAGAAAAAGAAGAAAGCUAAACUACCCAAAGAGGCCAGACAAAAGCUACUUAGUUGGUGGGAGUUGCACUACAAAUGGCCUUAUCCUUCAGAGACGGAAAAGGUGGCAUUGGCUGAAUCAACUGGUUUAGACCAGAAACAAAUAAACAAUUGGUUUAUAAACCAAAGAAAACGGCAUUGGAAACCUUCUGAAGAUAUGCAGUUUAUGGUGAUGGAUGGACUACAUCCACAGAAUGCUACUCUCUACAUGGAUGGUCACUUCAUGGGUGAUGGUCAUUACCGUUUGGGACCAUGAUCAGCAAAAUAAAAUAAAAUAAAAAAAUCACUAGCAUGCUGGUUAUUGAAGUUGUAAUGGUUUAAUAUUGUGCUGAGAACUGUCUAGCUAAUAAUGCAGUGUGAUUGUCAUCAGUAUAAUUAGUUGAAGCUAGCUAGUCCGUAUCAGAAUAAGUAAUUUCAUGCAAUAUGAUCUUGAUAUCUGUUAGGAGGAAUGCCAUCAGUAUAAUUUAGUGAAAACUAGUCCGAAUGCCGUGCCGAUCACUCACGAUGGACUGAUCAUGGACUGCGGUAGUUCUCGUUACAUCAAUCUGGGACGUUUUGAUUUGUAUUUGUGUUAAGAGGAUCCAAAGCAGAUCUUGUGUGUACGUAACUUUAUUUGUUGUGUGCUUUUAUUAUGCAAGGAGAUAAUAAUAGGAGGAACAUUUUAAUUUUAAGCAGUUCAUGUACUGUAAACUAUUAUUUAAAUCUGUGACAGCAAUUAGUAGCUGGUAAGUGUAUAUAUUAAAGACACUGAAUAUGAAGUCAACGAGGGUGUAAUAUUAUUUGUAA